AAACUCUCUAUAAAAAUGUGAUAACAUUAUACAGCAAUUUUUUGAAUAAGGUUUUCUAUUAUUUCUUAAGAACUCCAAUCUUAUCCAAGUAGGAACCUGGGAGCCACCUCUUCCUACCUCUUGUCAGGCAGUUCUUCGACAUGUUAGGUCUAACACACGGUUCUGCGAUAUUUAUGUACAGAAAUCAAGCAAGCAACACUCUGCCAACUUGCAAAAACCAUUAAGUAGAUAAUGGUAUUGACAGUAAUUUGUAAUGAGUUUCUGUGGUUCUUAGGGUUUGUUGGUAUUUGGGACCCAUUUGUUGUUAGAUCACUCUGCAGAAGAUGAUAUGUCUUGUGUGAUUCACCUUCUAUGCUCCACCUUGGUGUUUAGAUUGCCAAACAAAAACAAACAUGCCUGCCCCUUUAACAUCUGCUCAUCACAUGGUUUUGCUUCCCAUGUUACAUUGCUUUAGGAGCCUUCAUUUAAGGAACAGCCUCUGGCUUUGUACAUAUAUAAUCAACUCAUUUCAUUACCUCCUGCAUAUCAAAAACUAGAACUGAGUGUUCUAAGAAUAGAGCCUUCCUUUUUCUACCAUCUUAAAAGCAAAAUUGACAAGAUGAUCAGUGCCAAGAAACUUAUCAAACUGGCAAGGAAAUGGCAGAAGCUGGCUUCCCUUAGGCGGAAAAGAAUCACAAUGCCAAGAACCACCUGUGAGAUAGUGGAUGCAGAAAGUUGUAGCACAUCAUACCCAGUUGAGAAUGGUCACUUUGUGGUGUACUCGAUUGAUCAAAAACGCUUUGUGCUUCCUUUGGAAUAUCUUAACAAUGAUGUUGUAAAAGAAUUAUUCGAGCUUGCAGAAGAAGAGUUUGGAUUGACAAGCAACUGUCCUCUCAUACUGCCAUGUGAUUCAGGCUUUAUGGAAUACAUAACUGAUCUAAUACGAAGGCGUAUGACUAAAGAUGUAGAGAAAGCAUUGUUGAUAUCCAUGGCUAGCAUUGGCUGCUCAUCAUCUUUACAUUCUCUUCAAGCUGUUACAAGCCAACAGUUACCAAUCUGCAGCUUCUAAAACAUAUGAUUUUGUUUUGGUUCUAUAAUUGAUCCACAAAAGUGUACAAAUAUAUAUUUAUCUAUGAGAAAUAUUUCAAAGAUUCUAGUCAUGUGAUUUUUCUUUAGUUGUUCACAUCCUACAAUUAAAUGCAUAUGCUACUUUUUGCAUAUAAAAUCAGAACAUUCACAACCAAUCUGGCAAGCUCAAGCAGGGAAUGCACAAUGUUAUUCAUUAGACUUGUUUUUUGGAUUUAAAACUGUACUUACAUAUAUAUAAAACAAACAUGAGCUUGACAUGCCAACCACCAAAACUAGUCUUAUCACAUGGUUUUGCUUCUGCAAAUUGAAAGCCACAUUCAAGGGACUUGUCUCUGCCCUUGUGAAUAUAUAUAUACCCACAAAUUUCUACUGCCUAAA